UCAGUCAGUGGAAACCCGUCAGGGUUCAGCUCGUAGGAGUUCACAGAGGAUUUAAUUACAUUCAUUUUACACACCACAGCAGCUCAAGCGGACAAACAGCGCAGAUCCUGCAGAGGAGUCUCCUGUGAGCAUCUCCAGAGGCUGCUGCGCAAAGAGAGGCCAGCCAGAGACAUCAUGAGUGACCGGUUUGACUGCAAGAACUGCAACGAGUCCCUGUGUGGACGCAAAUACAUCCAGGUGGAGGACAACCCUCACUGCAUCCUCUGCUACGACCGCCUGUAUGCCAACACCUGCCAGGAAUGUAAAGAAAUCAUUGGUCAUAAUGCCAAGGAGCUCUUCUAUGAGAAUAGACAUUAUCACGCUCACUGUUUUCGUUGUUUCCGCUGCGACCGCUCUCUGGCAGACGAGCCCUUCACCAGCCAGGAAGACGCGCUGGUGUGCAGCGACUGCUACUGCAACGAGUUUUCCUCCAAGUGCGUGGCCUGCGACAAGACAGUCAUGCCAGGAUCGAAGAUGUUGGAGUACGGCGGCUCCUCAUGGCACGAGGACUGUUUUGUGUGUCACGGCUGUGAGAAGCCGAUUGGUGCAGAGGCCUUCAUUCCAGACAAUAACAACUACUACUGUGUGCCGUGCUACGAGGGCAGGUUUGCUCCUCAGUGUAGCCUCUGCAAAAAGGCUCUGACCAAAGGAGGGGUGACCUACAAAGACGAGGUGUGGCACAAAGAGUGUUUUCUCUGCACGGGCUGCAAAGCCCCACUGGCCGGCCAACCCUUCACCUCGCAGGGGGAAACUCCGUACUGUGUCAAGUGUUUCAGCAGCCUGUAUGCCAAAAAGUGCGCCGGAUGCAACACAGCCAUCACAGGGUUUGGAGAUGGGAAGUAUGUUUCUUUUGAGGACCGGCAGUGGCACCAGCCGUGCUUUAAGUGUUCACGCUGCUCUGUGUCGCUGGUGGGAUCCGGCUUCUUCCCCGACCGUGACCAGAUUCUUUGUACAGACUGCAACAAUGACGACUGACCACCGCUAACGAAACCUGCAACACCUGCACCUGGCGCAGCAAAUAUCUAACACUGCUGACACCAGCAGAAAAAAACUUCUAAACCUCAGCCUUGCACAUAAACACUGCAAUAUUAAUAAUUCACUCACAGUGUAAAGCUGAUACAAAGCUCAGUAUUUACAGCUCAAAACUCUCGUCAGCUUUUAGCACAUUGAAAUGUAUGUAUAAAUUCUGCAGAAAUGUUCUCUGAUGUAUGUGUGUGACUUUGUUUUCCUUUAUUUUAUAUGUUUUGCACACCAAAGACUAAAUAAAAGAUACAAAAGAUACAUGUAAACCUAUAAAUUAAAUUGUUUCUUCAUUCAUGAAGGUGGUAAUGCACCAUUUAUGCCACCUUUUUUCAUGACUGCUAGAUAGAAUUAAAAUUUCAAUAUUAUGUCCUAUGCUUAGCAAACAUAUUUCUGCUUUUUUUUUUUUUAAAUAUUACAAUUUAUUAAUCUCUUCUUCUUCUUCUUCUUCUUCAACUACUUGCUGUAUGUAAAAAGGUAUGUUGUUUUCCUUUCAGCUAAAACAAUCUUUACUGGCGUACAUGCAAUAAAAUGGCAUAAAACAAA